CCCGGCCUUCCUGGACUUUCAGUGAGCCGCAGUGGGGCACUUCUACCUCGAGACUGUUUCCGCGCUCGGGCCGGGAGGCCGAGUGACGGCGGGCGAGCGGAAUGAGCGCGGCGCGGACGCUGCGGGUGCCCGGCCGCCACGGCUAUGCGGCCGAGUUCUCUCCGUACCUGCCGGGCCGCCUGGCCUGUGCCGCGGCGCAGCACUACGGCAUCGCGGGCUGUGGAACUCUAUUAGUAUUGGAUCAAAAUGAAUCUGGACUUCAGAUUUUUAGAAGCUUUGACUGGAAUGACGGCUUGUUUGACGUUACCUGGAGUGAAAACAAUGAGCAUGUCCUUGUCACCUGUAGUGGUGAUGGCUCACUGCAGCUCUGGGACACUGCCAAAGCCACAGGCCCUCUCCAAGUCUAUAAAGAGCACACGCAGGAGGUGUAUAGUGUUGAUUGGAGCCAAACCAGAGGUGAACAACUUGUUGUGUCUGGCUCAUGGGAUCAAACUGUCAAAGUGUGGGAUCCAACUGUUGGAAAUUCUCUGUGUACCUUUAGGGGCCAUGAGAGUGUCAUUUACAGCACAAUCUGGUCUCCUCACAUCCCUGGUUGUUUCGCUUCAGCCUCAGGAGAUCAGACUCUGAGGAUCUGGGAUGUGAAGACCACAGGAGUACGGAUUGUGAUUCCAGCACAUCAGACGGAAAUCCUGAGCUGUGACUGGUGUAAAUACAAUGAGAACUUGGUGGUGACAGGUGCGGUUGACUGUAGUUUGAGAGGCUGGGACUUAAGGAAUGUGCGACAGCCUGUGUUUGAACUUCUCGGUCACACAUAUGCUAUCAGGAGGGUGAAAUUUUCACCGUUCCACGCCUCCGUGCUGGCCUCCUGCUCCUAUGACUUCACUGUAAGAUUCUGGAAUUUUUCAAAGCCUGAUCCGCUUCUGGAAACAGUGGAGCAUCACACAGAGUUUACUUGUGGCUUAGACCUGAGUCUCCAGAGCCCCACUCAGGUAGCAGACUGUUCCUGGGAUGAAACCAUAAAGAUCUAUGACCCUGUUUGUCUCACGGUUCCUGGUUAAGACACGCUGCUCUAGUCAGAAAGAGAUACUGACUGGCAGACUGCUUACUUAGCUAGCAUCAGAGCACUAACUACUGAAAGGGAAAAAUUAGGCCUUUACAUGUACUGAGAUUUCACAAUUCUCAAACUUACAUUUUGAGGCAUCUGAUAAAGACAUUGUGUCAUAUUGUAGUCCUGGUACAUAAACUAUGUUUUCUGGAAUCCUAAAGAAUAAUUGUUGUUAUAAUAUAUCUUGUAAUGUCUAUUAAAAUGUUAUCUCUAUAUUGUAAAAUGACAUAAAAUAUGGGAGGUUAGUAGAUUACAUGGACAGUAAUAUAUUUUGUUAUUAAUUUGUCAUUUUGGAUGUACAAUAUAACCACUCCUGUUGAUAAAAAUCAAAAUAAACCACAUUUCUUGAUCAUAUAUCAUUUAUGACAUGUCAAUGAGGUUGCCUUUUUAGAAUGUACUGUUUGUAUGGAUAUGAUUUUAUAUUUAAUGUAGCUGCAGCUGAUGGUCAAAAAUGAAUGCUAGCAGAGAUGUAAGUUACUUGGAAGUCCCCUAUUGAGUGCCACAUUUGCCUGCAUAUAUGCUCAGUGGCAUUCUCUCAGGAUUGCUGAGCUGUUAGCUGGACAGUGCUGGGAGCUGAGUUUGUUUUGAAUGCCUUAUAUCCACAUCUUUUUAGGUACUGGACCCAGGACUUCUCUCUGUUAGCUAAGCAUGGUUUCACACAUUUAUAAUGCCAGGCCUUGGGAAGCAGAGGCAGGAGGAUUGCAAGUCUUGGGUCAGUCUGAGCUACCAAAUGAAACCCUGUCCAUCUCCUAGUGUAAAUGAAUAAAUAAACUUGUUAAUUUAAAAAAU